AUGCGCGGCGCCUCCCCCGCGGGGGCUGCUGCUGGACGCGCUGGAGGGGCUCAGCCUGGCCCGACACCCCGAUUCCCCGGAAUCCUGAAUCCCCGGAGUCGCGGAGCCCCCAAAGUCCCGGAGGCCAGAAGUCCAAAUCCCGGAGUCCCGGAUCCCCUAAAAUCCCGGAGUCCUGGAUCCCCCAAAGUUCCGGAGCCCCCAAAGUCCUGGAGCCCCCAAAGUCCUGGAGUCCUGGAGCUCCCAAAGUUCCGGAGUUCUGGAUCCCCCAAAGUCCUGGAUCCCCCAAAGUCCUGGAACCCCAGAGUCCUGGAGUCCCCAAAGUUCUGGAGUCCUGUAGCCCCCAAAGUCCUGGAGCCCCCAAAGUCCCAGAGCCUUGGAGCCCCCAAUGUCCCGGAACCCCGGAGUCCUGUAGCCCCCAAAGUCCUGGAGUCCUGGAAUGCCCAAAGUCCCAAAACCCAGGAGUCCUGGAUUCCCCAAAGUCCUGGAGUCCUGGAGCCCCCAAAGUCCUGGAAUCCCGCAGUCCCAGACUCCAGGAUCCCCCCAAAUCCCAGAGUCCCAGAGUAUCAGAAUCCCCCAAAUCCUGCCACCCGGAGCCCCAGCCCUUCCCCAGGGGCUACUCGGGCAAAGGACCGCAAGGCCCGGGCCCUGGCCUUGAGAGCCACCCCCUCCAUGAGGCACAAGGUGGGCUGGCACCAAGCCCUGACCGAGGAGAUGGCCAAGGCCAACAUCAAAAUCCUGCAGCGGCUUUCUAAGAGCAAGAUGACCAGCCUGGAAGAACUGCGGUACCAUUCCUCCGUGCUACUGGAGAAGAAUAAGGACCUGAUGGAGAAGAUCCAGGAGACGGAAGCCGAUUCGGCCAGCCAAGCCAGAACCCUCCUGCAGCAAUACGACAUGUUUGGGCGGAUCAUCGCCACUCUCCAGGACUCCAAUCAGAACCAAGUUGGCGUAGCCAAAGCCGAGCUCAAAGCCGUGGAGAAGAACGUGGAGAAGAACAUGACGAAGAUGGACCUGGAGCUGAAACGGGUCGGCACCAAGGUCCACACCCUGCAGGAGGAGGUCAACCUCCUGCGGACGUACAUGGACAAGGAGUAUCCGCUGAAGGCCGUCCAGAUCUCCUCCCUCCUGCGCAACAUCCGGAACCUGAAUGAAGAGCAACAGUACGAAUUGGAAGACACCGAAGAUCUGGCCAAGCGGUUCCUGGACUCCUUAGCGGGAAAAGCCCGGGACGAGCAGGAGCGCAUUCUGCAGUCGGUGGCCGAUAAGACGCUGCUGCAGUAUCAGGACGGCCUGGAGCAGAUGCACCGGAACAACGUGGAACUGAGAAGGCAGAUAAAAGCGCAAAAGGAGGCAAGGAAAUCUGGGAAUUGCAGUCAGUUAACUUGGCAAAGAACUCAGCUGAUGUUCAGGAUUGGUUAG